CAUUGCAUUCGUUGUAGAUAUCUCAGACUACCAUACAGAAAAUCCAGGGAUCAUCAAAUCUUAUUGUCAUCAUCUCUCUAUCGUUGAGGAAUACCAGCACCGGUAUUGUGUCCAUGGCUUGAAGAGGUGGUAUCAUGAUGUUCUUGGCCAGCAGCCUCCUUGUCAGCCAAGCCCUGCAGGUGGUCGGUCAUCUGGUUGCUAGUAGCAAUGAGGAGGUUGAAGAGAGCCUCCUGGAUGGAGUGGAUACCGGGGCCUCCGGCGAGGAGGGUGCGGUGGGAGGAGCCGUCGACGAUGACGGCUUCGUAGGUCUGUUUGCCCUCGAGUUUCUUUGCACGGAGGACGAUGCGGAAGGUGUCGGGAAAGAGGACGGCGGCGUUGGCUGUGAAGUAAGAGGAUCUGGUCACGGUAGAAGGUUUCGUCGGCCAUUGUUGCGGUUGUGUGUGGUGGGUUGGCUGUUGGUCUCGUGUCAACACUUGCCGAGGUCGGGAUGCUGCAGUGGAACUCACCUUUGGUGUCUGGUUGGUGUUAAAAGACAGGUAGAUCAGAGGAGAAAGAGGAGAGAUGGUGGGGGAUUUUCUGGGGGACAAUCUAUCGUCGUUGAUCCUCACAUGACGUGACAACUCCUCUCAGCCUCCUCCUCCUUCCUUCUUCUUCUUGUUCCCGUCGACUCGCAUGGCGUGGUGGUUGGCCGUUACUUCCGGCGCCAAACACGCAUACGUCAUCGAAGGAUGCGAUAAGCUCGAUAAGCAAUCCCUCGGGUUGGAGAGCUCAGGACGCGUACUCGGUUACUC